CUGGAUUGGGAGUUGCUCUCUUCUUCUUCUCUUCUAUAUAUCUUGUAUAUCUUCUAUACUUCUUGUAUCUUAUAUCUUAUAUAUCUUAUAUCCUCUUCUAUUACAUCUCUCUUCUUUCUGCAGCUAUGGGCGUCCCCCUCUGGAAACCCCGCCACGACUCCCUCCCCUCCGUCCCCACAUCACUGCCCUCGCUCUCCUCCUCCAAACCACCCUCCUCCUUCCCAUCCUCCUCCUCCCCCUCCUCCCCCUCCUCCUCCACCGUCGACCGCUCCUGGCGCAGACCAAACCACUCCUACCCCAACUCCCUCCACCCCCUCCGCCGCUCCCCGCUCUUCCACCACCACCACCACAACCACUCCCUCCACGCCGAUCUCGCCGACUCCCGCGACUGCAUCCGCCACGACUCCGACUUUGACGAGAUCGCUGAGCCAUUCGAGGAAGACGACUACUCCUCCGAACUCGAGCCUCUUGGACGCACUUACAUCGCUCGCGAGGCCACCGCAGAGCAGCAUGACCGCCGCUACCCCUUCCGUCGCAGCCUGAUCGCUCGCGCUCCCGCUCCUUCCUCCUCCUCCUCCUCCUCCUCCUCUUCAUCCGCGUCAGCAUCCUCCGCAACCUCGUUCAACCCCUCCUCCUCUCCGCGCCCGCGCCACACCCCGAUCGCCUCCGAACUCGCGCUCAACCGCACGCUCAUGGACUACGUCCACCGCCUCCGCCGCCUCCGCGAAGACAGCGACGAAGCAACCUACUUUGCUCCCCCCGCAGACUCCGCCACCACCUCCACCUCACACUCGAUCCCCGACAUGCGUCGUCCGUCCGAGUUCAGCGCGGUGGUCGAUCAAAUCCGCGCGAUCGGCGCCGUGCACGACUCCGAGCUCUCGCGGACAGCCUCCGACGCGAUCUCGGCUGCGGCCGCCGCCGCGAACUCGUCGCCCACGCAGCGGUAUUUCUCGUCGUUGGACCUGGACGGGUUUUAUAGCAGCCGGCUGCGUCUGCGGCGGAACGCGUACGCGGCGCACGCGAACCAGUCGGACGAUAAUCUGCCGACGUAUGAUCGAAAUUUCAAUUUCAGCCAUAUCAGUUUCUCGCCCGAGCUGGACUCUGUGAUUCCCGACGCGCGCGGGGACUACGACGCGGAGGCGGAGGGAGACGAGGACUGCGAUGUCGAGGGCGAGGAAAGAACUUCUGCGGAGUUUGAUGCUAGUCUGCGGACGAGCAGUGAUCCGGAAGUACGCGACUUGCUCCAUCGGUUCGAGCUCUUGGACGACCGGAUAGAUCUGAUUCGGAUGGCGCGGAGGGAGUUGAUGUUGAUAGAGCUGGAGGCGAAUUGGACGUUGGACGCGAUGCAUAUUUCGUAGAUGUGCAGGAGUGCAGUAGUGCUGAUUCGCAGUUUUGUUUGUGGUAAUACGCAGUUUUGGGUCUUUCUUCUCUCUUCUUUUUCUUUUUCUUUAUAAUUCGUUUGGGUUGGGAUCGGUUUAUUUUGCUGGAUUGCACAAGUGUACUUUUAUAUAUUUCCGACUAGCGCUGUUUGUAGUAAUAUUUACAAAUACUCAUUCAUAU